AUGGGUAUUAUUGCUCUCAGCUCCAGUGGAGUGGAUGAUGCUCAUGUGUUCAUCAGUUCUGGUGAAAAUGUCCGUCUGUCCUGUAAUAAUGCUCUUCAUGACUGCAAAUCAACUACAUGGAUCUAUAAUAACAUAUUCAGACAUUCAGAAACAGUUGAACUGAUCACUUUAGGGAUAAAGAAGGAAGACACAGAGAGACAUGAGAGACUGAGUCUGGGGUCUGACUGCUCUCUGAACAUCAACAACAUCUCAAAAGAUUAUUAUGGAUCUUACAGCUGCCAACAAUGGACUGGUGAGAAUGGACAUAAACUGAGACCUGAUGGUCAUGUUUAUCUGCAUGUCCUUCAUGUCUCAUCCUCACAGACUGAGAUCAGUGCAGGCCGCUCUGUGACUCUCUUCUGUCAGCUGUAUUCAUCUGCUGGAGUCUCUUGUGAUGAUUGGAUCCGUUCUGAGGGAAUUGAGCUGUUCUGGGUGAAUCAGGCUGGUGUUAAACUGACGAGAUCAGACUCCAGAUAUCAGAUAUCAGCUCCAGGACACUGUAUCAGCUCUCUGAAUACAACACUCCUGAAUGAAGAUCACAACAGAGAGUGGAGAUGCAAUGUUACUCAGAGAGAUCAAGUCAAGACCUCAGUCACUUAUACUGUCAAGAGUUCAG